CUGGCAAUUGUGCCAAUGUACCGGUGCUCCAUAUAUCACCAGCUGUACGAAGUAAAUAAACUUUCUCGGCACAACUUCAACGGUUGUUAACUGACAGACCUGAGUCAAGUAGUUGUGUGACUUACGAAUCACAUCAAAUUACCUAUCUACUCUUAUCCAUCCGUACAAUGUAACCACAAAAUUCCUACCGUACAUUACACAGCUAUUUCGUAUCGAACACAGCGAAAAUGCCUACUCUUGAAGAAUCCAUGACCUCGGCACUCAAAUGCCGAGCUCAGAAAUCCUCCUUGAGAAAUCUAUCUUUGCCAUCUACCAUACAAACUACAACUGGUGUUACACCAAUCGAUUUCUCAUCUAAUGAUUUUCUAUCACUGUCAACUUCUCCGCUGCUACAUGAUGAAUAUCUUUCACUAGUAAGAAGCCAUCUGUCACCUCCGUCGUCUCAAUACGCAGCGUCGUCUUCAUCUCCGCCAACCUUAGGUAGCACAGGUUCCCGUCUUUUAACCGGGAAUUCACCUCUGGCGCUCAAUCUCGAGUCCCAAGUUUCCCAAUUCCACCGUUCUCCGCACCUCGGUUCUGGUGCUCUUCUCUUUAACUCAGGCUUUGAUGCUAAUUCUGCAUUUUUCGCUUGUGUUCCCCAAAAAGGAGACAUCGUAGUGUACGAUGAACAAAUUCAUGCAAGUGUUCAUGAAGGAAUGAGAGGAUCACGUGCUAGGAAAUUUCUUGCAUUUGGACAUAAUGAUGUUGGGGAUUUACGAAGGGUGUUGGAAAGCGUGAGGCGAGGAGAAGAGGUGAGCAAUGUCUUUGUUGCGGUGGAAGGUUUGUAUAGCAUGGAUGGGGAUUUAUGUCCUUUGCGUGCGGUGGUACAUGCUGUGGAGGAGAUUUUCGGCUUAGGAGGAAUUACUAAGGGUGGGAGAGGAUAUAUUGCGGUGGAUGAGGCACAUUCGACUGGGGUUUAUGGACCGCAGGGACGAGGACUGGUUUGUGAAUUGGGCUUAGAGGAGAAGAUCUUUGCCAGGUUACAUACUUUUGGAAAGGCACUAGCGGGAAAUGGAGGUAUGUUAUUUUUUCCAUUUUUCUUCAUCCCAUCCACUGUACAGAUAUACCAGAAUGUGAAAAUGGAGGUGCUAAAACUAACAUAGCUAUAAUCUUAACUACCCCUCUAACCCGACAUUACCUCCUCAACUACGCCCGCCCUCUCAUCUACAGCACCUCGCUCUCUACUCCCUCACUCCUUCUCAUUGCAGCUUCCUACUCCCUUCUGCUUUCCUCAAGCACUCAGUCUCUGCCAUCUUAUCUUCGUUCUUUGUCUCAUCAUUUCAAAUCUUUACUUUCUCGUAUUCCUCAUUCACACUACCUGAAACCGCAACCCCAAAACUCCGAACCAUACCCUGAGGAUUUAAACUGGACACCAAUUUUUUCUCUUCAAACACCUGAGCCAAAGGAUCUAGCAAGUUAUUGUCAAAAGGCGGGGUACAAUGUAAGGGCAAUAAUGAGUCCGACGGUUAAGAAGGGAAGUGAAAGAGUGAGGGUUUGUCUACAUGCAGGGAAUACAUUUAAGGAAAUUGAGGGGUUGGUGGGAUGUGUUAGAGAAUGGAUUGGGACAAUGGAGAAGAAAGGGGAGAUUCAGGUUGCCGAUGAUGUCUUGGGUAUUCAAUCCCCCCUGGUAUCUGAUUCUCCACUUGGAGUUCAAAAGGGGUAUACUGUAGAUGUAGGUGCAAGUUUUGGAGAGAGGCCCGGAGAUCAGAGAGCAAAACUAUAGAAGCAUCACGUGUUAGGAAACAAAAAUUUCAGGAUGUAUAUACGAGGAUAUAAAAUUACAAUCAAAAGAAAGCUUAGGGAGCUAGUUGAGCGGAUGUAGAGAUAACUGUAGGACUAAUCAUUAUCUCCGAAACAAAUAAGCUGAAACUCAAAAUUACAUCUAAACGAUCUUCUUGUUUGAG